AUUGAUACCGAGAGUGAAAGAUUUGUCCUUCCAACUAGUGUGAAGAAAAAUCUUUCUCCAGUAGGACAUUAAUUUAUAUUGACUUUGAUACAUAGAAUGACUGUUUUGUCCUUCUAGUUUGUCUUUAACAAUGGUGUGCAUUUUCCAUUCAAGCGUCUGUCAUGAGCAGAAGGAUGGAAUCAUUCUUAUGCUUCUUCCAAUUAUUCAUGCUAGUUGUUGUGAUACUAGUGCAUAAUCAUCAUCACACAUGUGAUGCAACAAACACUAAUAACCAAACACACUGUCCACCAACUUCAUGUGGGAAACUCAGCAACAUAAAACAUCCAUUCCGACUAAAAGAUGAUCCAAAAAUCUGUGGUGAUUCGAGGUUCGAGUUUUCGUGCGAAAACAACAUGACAGUGUUAAAUCUGUUUUCAGGUAAAUACUAUGUGAAAUCAAUCGACUACAGAAACUACACAAUCAGAGUAGUUGAUCCCGGAAUUGUAGAAGGUGAUUGCUCCACCAUUCCUCGGUAUUUCUUAACCCCAGCCAAUUUCACAAGCUCUUAUAAUCUAAACCACGACGGUCUAUCUGGGUAUGUAAUAUACUUGAACUGUAGCAAGCCAGUGAAGAACGAUCCUAUUUACGUGGAUACAUCUUCCUGUGUCAAAUGGCAUUCCAAAGGCCAUCUUUAUGCUGUCGCUGGCGACAUCAAGACCAGGAGCUUAAAUGUUGGUUGUGACGUGAAACUUGUUGCCAUAACAUCAGCUUCUCCUUUUAAUACAACAAGCACUCAACAAUAUUUUUCAUACGCGGAAAUUCAUGGAAUGCUAAGCUAUGGAUUUGAUCUUUCAUGGAUUAGAUGGGCUUGUGAGGACUCUUGUGACAGUAACCAACAAAACUGCGAAUUUGAUAUAGCCGCCGGAGGUGUUUUUUGUGAAUAUUCCGAAUGCAUGUCUCCAUUGGGAACUAACACCAAAUGUGGUUUUGAGCUGAAUAAGAACUUAAGAAGAACAUGAGGAGGAAAGAAAGCUGGAAGUCUCAAAGGCUGAAGAAAAAGAUGGAAAGUACAAAGGGCGCGCCGCGAGAGUUCCUAGGCGCGCCGCGAAAAUACUUCUGUUUGAGGGGCGCGCCGCGCCAGCCCGUUGCCGCGCCGCGGCCUCGGUGUUAAAAGCCCAAAAGUUCUGUUUUAAAGCCCUAGUUUUCCAAGUGGUUAGAUAUACUUUGUGGGAGCGAAAUUAGGAGAGCUAUCUGAUUCUGAAGCUGAGAAUAACAAUAGAAGGUGGAUUCUUUACCAAUUGAAGGCAUUCUAUUGAGGAAGAUGAAUUCCUCCAUUGAUUCUCGUAUGUUCUUCAUGUCUAUGGAGAGCUAAAUCCCUCUUGUUGAGUCUAAGGUAGUAGUUAACCUAUGAAUGUACAUUACCAUUGAUUAAUUCCUGUGAACAAUUGUUUGAAUUCAUUAUCAAUAAGAAAUCUUGUUUUUAUUCUUAAAUUAUCGUUGAAUCUUUGAUCGAAAGAAAGGAUUUAACUUUUGC